AUGGAGAACACGUCUGUGGCCCAAAAGUGUCAUAAUCACUUACCUGAUGAUCUGACAUUCUUGAUUCUUGUCAAACUUCCUUUGAAAUCUCUUAAGAGAUUUGGAAGCCUAUGUAAAUCAUGGGCCCUCUUGUUUGAAAAUUCACUUUUCGUAGAUCUCUUUCAUACUAAUUUCAUAUCUAAUCAUAAUUCCUUCUAUGAUGAUACAUCUAUCAUUCUAUGUCUCAAAGAAAUUGACACAGAAACUAAUCAUAAGCCCUCCUUCUUUUUACUUUCUGGUGAGAGGUUUCAAAACGUCGACAAAUUAAACUGGCCAAAUCCACUAAAGGGUUGUUUUCCUGAAUUGAAUUUUUUGGGUUCUUCUAGUGUUAAUGGAAUUCUUUGCUUUUUCAUCCAUCAGAACCACUCUGUAUAUUUAUGGAAUCCAACUACUGGUGAAUUAAAGGUCAUUCCUCAUAGUCCAGUUGAGUAUUUACCACUUGAUGCCUGUGUUAGAGUGAGAUGUUUGGGUUUUGGUUAUGAUGGCAUUCAAGAUGAUUAUAAGGUGAUUAGAAGUGUGCAACCUGAAGAAGUUAUACCGGAAUAUGGUUACAAUAAAUGGGAUUACACACACUUAUUUGAGAUUUAUAGCAUAAGAAGUAACUCUUGGAGAAAACUUAAAAUUGAUAUCACUCCUGCAGUGUAUGGAAUUGAGUAUGGAGUUGAUGGUAAAUUUUACUUUGACGGAAUGUGUCAUUGGUUAUGUCGAAUUGAUGGUGAUCGCUCCUGGGAUCCAUGCUUGGUGUCAUUUGACAUGAGGAAUGAGACAUAUUAUACAACUCCCACACCUUUAGACAUACCUUUAGACAUAUGUGAUAAUUUUAAUAGAGGUUGA